CAACGGGAGAGACCGGUCGGCGGCGCUGGGCAAACGCGUUCUUACGCCGGACUCCGCAACAGGGUCCCCGACACGACUCCAACCACCACGGCUGUGACUCCCAAGCAACGCGGCAGCAGCGCUGGCGCUUCGGCAACCAUGCCGAGGCCCGGCCGGUCGACGUACGGAGACCAGAAGCCGCCCUACUCGUACAUCUCGCUCACCUUCAUGGCCAUCCAGAGCUCGCAGGAGAAGAUGCUCACGCUUAGCGACAUCUACAAGUUCAUCAUGGACCGCUUCCCCUACUACCGCAAGAACACGCAGCGGUGGCAGAACUCGCUCAGGCACAACCUCUCUUUCAACGACUGCUUCAUCAAGAUCCCGCGCAGGCCCGACCGGCCGGGCAAGGGCAGUUACUGGGCGCUGCACCCGGCCUGUGGAGACAUGUUCGAGAAUGGUUCGUUCCUGCGGCGACGCAAGCGCUUCAAGCUGCCACGCCAGAUCAAGGACGCCACGGCUGUGGCGCUGGCCGAGCUGAAACACUACGAGACCGUCUCGCAAAACGCCAUCCAGGAACAGGCCAAGAUGCGCCUCACCGCCCUGGCGGCGGCACCGAGUCACCUGCAGGGACACCACGCCGACGCUCUGAGGCACGGGACCGUGCUGCCCAACUACGCCAAACAGUCGUUCUCCAUCGAGAACAUCAUCGCGCCCGACGGCAAGAACUUCAGCGGCGUGCUGCCACCGAGUCCCCCGUACACGACGUCGCCGCACGCACCGCCCCACUUGAGGUCCCUUCCACCGUUCCCGUGCUCUCUGCCUUACGCGACCCAGGCGUCCUGGCACUCGACGUAUUCCAGCCUCGUGGCAGCCGCGGCCGCCGGCCGGCAAGACCUCAACGGCUUUCUGUGCGGCGCGAAGGUGCCGCCCGGUCACUACCCCCUCGCCGGCGUCGUGCCUGUGCCGCCAGGCGCCGGGAUGCCGUUUUCGCUACCGUCGCUGCCCCUCAAGCCGCCGGCUCUUUUGCCGGCGUUCCAGUUCCCAGGACUCACAGCUGAGCAGUCUCUCUUGACAGCACAGAUGACAUCACAGAUGACGUCGGCAGCAGUGACAACCACCAGGGUGCCACCGCCCCCCAGACCGGACUCGGCGUCUAGUGAUAUAUCUUGCAGGUCGCUAGAUGUGGUGUCGGACGAAGUGGCGAACGACCCCUGUUAGUGACGUUUCACCCCUUCCUAAGAACUCUGGUUCGAGCGCCACACUCCGCCGGCGUGGCACACAGACAUUAUUUAUAAGGCGUGAGACGACUACCGUUGCGACGUGUGCAGCACCAGGUGUCGUGGAUGUGUGAAUGUGUGUGUCUGUGCUAGGUGUGCGUGUAAAUAUUUUCCCCUGGUGUCUCGACACGAGCACUGGGUGCUUUGUAUAAAUGUACAGAUGACUGAAUGAAGCGAACGUUGGACGAAUCGAGAAGCAAUGAAGAAUGCAGAGGCGAGCGGAGAGUUGCCGCGAGCCUGCAACUCUUCAAUAUAGUUCCUUAUUUCUGAUAAUUCUCAAGAAGCCAAGGCGUUUGAAGUGGGCUUUACUUUGAAGAAAUGGGAAAGAGCUUUGUCAAGGUGACAAAUCAUGGCGAAGACUUCACACCGCCGGCACGUCUUGGAAACAACAUGACCCACCUCACCUGGCAGCAUCCUUCUCAGCACUCCAAACAGACAGAUCUUCAACGUGUGUUGCAUGUUCUCAACGAGCACCACCUCCACCAAAAAGCAUCCUCCCAUCGACAUAAUUCUUCAGCAAAACCACGUGGAGCUCUGUUCAGCAUAAACCAGCCGACAGGUCCCCUACUAGAACAGCACGCUUCCGGAAGACGCAAGGAAGAACGGUAGGCAACCGAUUUUCAACAAAGACGGUAUCUUUCCUCUCGAAACUCAAACAGCUCCUUUCUUUCGCCCACCGAAAACGAUCGAGCUCGGCCCUCGCGAGAACGAAAGCACCGUAGACACAAUGCACUCUUUCAUUCUCGGCUCUCGUUUACGGACACGCGACGCCCCAAGGCAAGCACGCAUGGCGGCAAGCAGUUCUUCAAAACGGCCACUGUAACGGCCACUGUUCGACAAAUACAUCGCUCUCUCUCUCUCUUGGGAAACUCAUCGGCCCUCUCAGACAGCGUGGUGCCUUCCUGCUUCAAGAAAGUCAACCGGCCGACACGCGAGAAAAAGGAAAGGCGAAGAAGAAGGACUUCUCUCGCGAGAUGAUCCUCCCAGCUGCACGUGCAUGUCCCCGAGCGAACGGUGUGCAAACGCCACAGGAGACACAGUGCCUCGGUUUUUCCAUCGAAGUGCCGCCAACCCCACCAGGGCACAACGAACGUAUUCGCUCACCGCGGACGCUCCCUCCCACCGAGUAGCGUCGUCUCCUUUCUGCAGGUGCGUGCCCAUCGUUUUCCUUCUUCUCAAAGAAAAAUUGAAAGAAAGCCUCGGUGCCCUAAAAGUCAAGAGAAGAACAAGCCCCGAACCGGGCACUGCGUGUGUGUCAUCCAGCCGCGACAAUAGAAGAGAAAGGCGCGAAGAUACAAGCACGCUAGAGAGAGAGAGCGAGAGAGAGAGAAGCCAUGCACGCUGCGGGCGGCGCUUGACACCCCCGCCGUUCCGUUCUUAUCCUCCUCCGUUUGCUCCUGGCCGGAAUGUGGACUUUCUCGCCGUUUUAAAAGAAGGUGCAUGCACCUAUGCGCAUAGUACACCUCUCUACACGCGCUGUCUGUCCUCGUCACCAGCCGGUAUGGUGACACCGCAACCACCCCCUCCAGAAUCUGAAGAAUCGCGAACUACCCGCUGAGAGAUACUGUGCUGCAUGCAGUGUGCGCGCACCGCAGGAAGAACACAAGGGACACAUUUCUUUCGUUUCCGUUCCCGCACAGCACACAACUGAGAUGAGAACCAAGAAAAAGAAGUAUAUGCUGUAUAGAAUAGCGAUGCCUUCCCCAGUUCUAGCACAUUGGAAAGUGCAUGCGCAUAUAUACACAUUGUGCCCCUCUAAAUUUAGGCGCUGCUUUCUUUCUCUUCGCGCAUUCUGUCAGGUCUCGAUCACCUAGUAUGCUUCAAAAGCGGCUGCUGUUAAAAACAGCCCGUGAUGUCAUUGUCGCGAGCGUCUUACCUAAAUGUUUUAAGGAGAGCUACGAACACGCCUUACAGUGCAGUUGUCUCUUGUUAAGAACCGAAUCCCGGUGGUUCAAAUGUCGACAUAGGGUCGCCUUGAUCUCGUACUUGUGCUCUACACCAUAUUUCAGCAUUGUGUUACUGGUAAAACUUGUAACAUUCACACUUUGCAACUUGCUUUCUUUAAAAUGAGGCAUCUGUCACCAUAUAUGGACAAUCAAAAAAAGGGAACCACCAUGCAACUUUUUUUUUUUUACCAUGCAACUCGCAGCCUGGAAACUACUCUGAUUCCAUAAAUUUGCCUCGCCAGGUCACAUUUCUUUUACCAUUGGUUUCAGCGUAAUCAUGAACUCAAACGAUUUGUACCUGCCGAAACACUGUUAUACCAUGCACUCAAGGACAUUCAUAUUGUUGUCGUAUAGGCACGUAGUAAGCUUUCUAACAUGUAUUGUCUGUAUUAUUGACAUGAAAGUUCUAGCCACAUCAUUAGCAAAAGUUGCAAGACCACACAAAAAAGAUUACCUUCAAGUGCAUGCAGUGUACGUCGAUGUUCUCUUUAUUGUGUUGUGAGGCUGAGCGUGAAGUGACGAUCGUACAGCGUAUCAAAUUUAAUGGCUCUAUACACAUGACCCCACCCAAGCAGAUUGAUCAUGCAUAAUACAUACAGCAUCUGAGUCACACAGCAGCUUUUGAAUCGGGGCGCACAUGGUCACUAUGACUGAAUGCACACAAUGCAUCACAAAUGGAAGCCGUCCUAACAUCGUUUCUUUGCUCUUUGAUAACUGCAUUAUCGCCGCUAUUUGUUCGUUCCUUUGCAAUCUUUAUCCCUUGUUAACUCACUGGAGUCGCACUGAUUAACGGAGUCGAAAAACACGCAUGUGCUUUCAGCGGAGACCUAAAGAUAAACAACUCGAUGUAGCUUGUCUUAUCACUGCCUUGCAAACGUGCAAACACGUUCCUGUUUCAGCGGGAAGAUUUUUUGCAACGCAUCACACAUGGAAGGUAUUCCGUAUAUUUGACUUCGAAUCACUUGUGAUAGACUCAUAUUGCUUGCUAUAAAUGAAAGCUGCUUGAUCACCGGAAAGACUACUUUUUGUCUGGUCUUAAAAAACACAAAUGUCUAGACAACUCACACGAACGACGCAUAAGGAAGAGCACAGCGUAUACGCUCACUUUUUAGCAAAAAAAUGGUUCAACACGCUUGUGGUCGCUAGGUCACACCAAAGCAAACUGCAUGAAAACGCCGACAACUUCGAUGGUAUUAUCAGUGCAUCCGUUGCUUCGUGAAAAGAAUUUAUCAGUGAGCGAACUUCCGUUAUCUCCUUUCUGUUCAGUGUGAUAUCUGUGUUUGUUGUCUAACACGAGCACGUAUAAACAGACGCGCUAUAUUGCAUAUGCAGUGCAAGACUGUGGUGGGCAUCGCUAGUCAAUUGGAUUUAGCAACACACGAUGGAGUACACUGAGAAAUGGGCACGCUUUGAGCUGUUGAUGUUGUCAUGUUUAUACCCUGUAGAAAAGUUUGUAAAAUCGAAAUAAAACAAGGUUCACGUGUCCAUGAACGUUGCUUGAGAAACAAUGCUGCUGUCUGUCUUUUGUGUGCGCAUUUCAUCACGCUCGCAGUGUGCGCAGCACAUG